AUGCUUGCUAUAAGAAGACGGUUUUCAAGAAACUAUGCAAUGAGCAUUUACCUUAACCUCGUCGCGGUCAUUACGAUGUUAUGGUACGGUUUCAGCCUAGCAUCUCGCAUCCACAUUAAAGUAGAUUCAUAA